AUGAGUAUGGAUGUGUCUCGCUCAGAGCCCGAGUGUGGAUGUGCACACGUCGGCGAAUACGAGUGGAUCGAGGAUAUGGACGCACCAGCCGCCAACAAGCAGCCAGUCAAGCUCGCAAAGGUAACCAAGGUCCUUGGUAGAACUGGAUCCCGUGGUGGUAUCACUCAAGUCCGCGUUGAAUUCUUGGACGACACCUCCCGUUCAAUCAUCCGUAACGUCAAGGGUCCUGUCCGUGAAUCUGACAUCCUUGCAUUGCUCGAAUCUGAGAGAGAAGCACGUCGUCUCCGUUAA